AUGAAGAAUUCAGCUUAUGAAAUGAAUGAAAAGAACGGAACCGACGGGGGUUCCAAUUAUUACAAUGGAAGUCAGGUAACAGAGUCAAGUGGUGACCUCACAGGUUCUGGUGAACCGGAAGAGGAUCGUGGAGAAUGGGGAAGCAAGUGGGAGUUUAUCCUGUCCUGUAUUGGUCUCUCUGUGGGUCUCGGAAAUGUUUGGAGGUUCCCUUAUCUAGCAUACGACAAUGGCGGAGCUGCCUUUGUGAUAGCAUAUCUGGUGCUUCAGUUCCUGAUUGGAAAGCCUAUGUAUUUUAUGGAACUUGUGAUGGGACAGUAUUCUGGCAAGGGGCCCACAGCCGUCUGGAACAUGAACCCGUGUGCCAAAGGUAUUGGUAUAUCUAUGGCGCUUAUUUCACUGGUGGUUGCUAUAUACUACAACGUCAUCAUGGCGUACACCCUCUUCUACUUCUUCUCCUCAAUGCAGAAGACAUUGCCGUGGACAGUCUGUAAACCAGAAUGGCUGCCAGAAGGAUGUGUGGAGCAGACGGUGAAGAAAAUGGCCUAUUGUGUGUCUAACGUGACUGUUAAUGAGGCUUUGGGAGUAUGUCGCUGUACUGGCAACUCCACAUUCGACACCAGCCUAUAUGACGCAGGAUUUAACUGCACUAAUGCCACCUACCAAGGCGAUUCACCCAUCCCUGUAGCACAGUUCUUCUUCGAUCGUGAUGUUCUCGACAAGACUCCAACUCUGAGCAACGAUAACAUCGGCGCCCCCUUGUGGAAGCUUGCCCUAUGUCUUCUCAUGUCAUGGAUAAUUGUCGUCCUCUGUCUGAUCAAAGGAGUUAAAUCUUCCGGCAAGGUUGUGUAUUUCACAGCCACGUUUCCUUAUGUUAUCUUGCUGAUCCUUUUGGUUCGGGGAGCUACCCUGGAUGGAGCUAUUGACGGUGUUAUCUAUUUUAUCGUCCCUAAGUGGGAAAAGUUAUUGGAUGUCAACGUGUGGGUUGCAGCAGCUGGUCAGAUGUUUUUCUCUCUCAGUGUAUCUUUUGGAGGUAUAAUAAUGUUUGGAAGUUAUAACAAAUUCAGCAAUAACGUUUACGGUGACGCCAUGUUGAUUGCCGUGAUGGAUAUAGUAACCAGCAUUAUUGCCGGGUUCGUUAUCUUUACCACCUUUGGAGGAAUGGCGAAGGAGAUCGGAGUGGGUGUGGAGGACGUCGCUAAGUCAGGAUACGGUCUUGCAUUUGUCGCCUAUCCUGAAGCAUUGUCCAAUCUGCCGCCGUCCCAACUGUGGUCUGUCCUGUUCUUCUUUAUGUUAUUUACCUUGGGUCUGGACAGCGAGUUCGCUCUGUUAGAAACCGUACUUACUUGUAUCCAGGACGAGUUCCCACAUCUGAGGAAGUAUAAAAGUCAGAUGUGUGUUGGUCUGGGAAUUGCCUUAUACUUCCUCGCAUUACCAUGUGUAACACCGGCCGGGGACUACAUCGUGGGAUUGAUGGAUCAUUACGGAGCUGACUUUUCAGUGCUAUUUGUUGCUUCCUGCGAAUGUGUGGCGGUCAUGUGGGUGUAUGGUGCCAAGAGAUUUAUGAAGAAUGUGGAAUACAUGUUAGGAUAUCCUCCACGUCCUACAUGGUACUGGCUGUUCUGUUGGAUCGGUUGCUCGCCCAUCCUUAUCGCGGCAUUGUUUAUAUACCGUAUGGUACAGUACAAACCUAUUGAGAUAUCGGAUGGCGUGCCCUACCCACAGUAUGCGCAGUCCAUUGGUUGGGCACUGACCUCUUUCGUCAUGUGUCCUAUCCCCAUCUACUUCGUAUACAAAUUCCUACGCACGGAAGGGUCCUUUGUAAAGAAAUUACGAAAGAUAACUACACCAACUGAUGCCUGGGGUCCCAAUGACGGCAGUGAUAAAGUGAAGAUGUACGAGCCUGAACCAGCUAGGAAGUAUGGUGUCGACAACCCAAUAUCAACACACAUGUGA